UGCCCAGCCUGUGCUGAACAUGACAAAAAGCGAGAGGAUGGAGCGAGGGAAGUAAAUCCCUGCUGUUUCAUUCCUCACAGACACUUUUUCUUGCUUGUUUUUGGAAGACGGAGCGGGGCUUGGAUACAGGAAAAGCAUUAGUAGUUGAGAGCAGCUGUCUGUCUGGUUUAGACGCGCAGCCCACAGCAGUUCAGAUCAGAUUUCACAUUCAGCUUCGACCAGCUCAGCUGAGAGCAGCAGCCAGAGAGGGCUCGUUGCUCCGCUCUCUCCCUCUCCAACGCCACCUUUUUUUUUCUCCCCUGUUGGCGGAGCGUCUCUAAAACGCUCAUAGGAAGAAGUACCAGGAUUUAUUUCCCCCUCUUCUCCGUCCUCCCAUCUUCUCCUCUUCUUUUUUUUUUUUUUUUUUUACUGUAUUUAUUUUUUUACAGGAAAUUAUCAGCGUGGGCGACAAAUAGAAUUAGAUAAAAAAUAAAGGGUGGCCGAAGACAUGGACGAGCAGCCGAGGUUGAUGCACUCUCACACGGGGGUGGGCAUGGCGGGGCACCCCGGCCUGCCGCAGCACUUGGAAGGCACCGGAGGAGCCGACGGCGACGGGAGGAAGCAGGACAUUGGAGACAUUUUACAGCAAAUUAUGACCAUCACGGACCAAAGUCUGGACGAAGCCCAGGCCAGGAAACAUGCUCUCAACUGUCACAGAAUGAAACCGGCCCUUUUCAACGUUCUGUGCGAAAUCAAAGAAAAAACAGUGCUCAGCAUCCGCGGCGCCCAGGAGGAGGAGCCUCCGGACCCCCAGCUCAUGCGCCUGGACAACAUGCUGCUGGCGGAGGGCGUGUCAGGGCCGGAGAAAGGCGGGGGCUCGGCAGCGGCGGCAGCAGCGGCCGCCGCCUCGGGAGGGGUGGGGGCCGAUAACUCAGCCGAGCACUCGGACUACAGGGCCAAGCUGACCCAGAUCAGACAGAUCUACCACACAGAGCUGGAGAAGUAUGAACAGGCCUGUAACGAGUUCACCACCCACGUCAUGAACCUGCUGCGGGAGCAGUCGCGCACGCGGCCCAUUUCACCCAAAGAGAUCGAGCGCAUGGUGAGCAUCAUCCACCGCAAGUUCAGCUCCAUCCAGAUGCAGCUCAAGCAGAGCACGUGCGAAGCCGUCAUGAUCCUGCGCUCCCGCUUCCUCGACGCCAGGCGGAAAAGACGAAACUUCAACAAGCAGGCGACGGAGAUCCUGAACGAGUAUUUCUACUCACACCUCAGCAACCCCUACCCCAGCGAGGAGGCCAAAGAGGAGCUGGCUAAGAAGUGUGCCAUCACAGUGGCCCAGGUUUCCAACUGGUUUGGGAAUAAAAGAAUCAGAUACAAGAAAAACAUUGGUAAGUUCCAAGAAGAAGCCAACAUGUAUGCUGCAAGAACUGCCGUGAAUGCGGCUAAUGCAUCCUCACAUGGAAGCCAAGCAAAUUCACCCUCCACUCCAAACUCUGCAGGUUCUGCUGGCUCUUUUAACAUGUCAAACUCCGGGGACUUGUUCAUGAGCGUGCAGUCUCUCAAUGGGGACUCGUACCAGGGGGCUCAGGUGGGAGCCAACGUGCAGUCGCAGGUGGAUACCCUUCGCCAUGUUAUCAGUCAGACAGGCGGAUACAGUGAAGGACUCACAGCCAACCAGAUGUACAGUCCGCAGGGCAUCAACGCUAACGGAGGCUGGCCCGACGCUCCCACCCCGUCCUCAGUGACCUCCCCCACAGAAGGACCAGGAAGUGUUCACUCCGACACCUCCAACUGAUCCGCCGCUCUCCUCCCCCCACCCCCACCCAUCCUGCAGGACUGGAUGUGACUCGAGGCAGUCGGGGUCUGGGGACAAUGCUUCCACCAUUUUUGUAGUUUUUUUUUUCCUCUUUCUGUCUGGAUCUCCUCAGCAGCUUCGCCAGGCUGCAGAGAGAACUCAUGUCUGGGCUUCACAGUUUUUAUAUUUUCCACUCGUUGUCCAAGUUGCCUCUUUGUAGUUCACUUUCUAUCAUGAACUCCUACUGUCCGCUCCCAGCCCGCCGUCUGGCCACAUGAAACACACUCACGCUACCUCUGGUUUCAGCUCCAACACAGCAAGCGAUUCAACUUCUCCCGUUUAGCAUUAUCGUUCCCGCAGCCUGAUUGUUUUUAUGGAUCCGUUGUGCCAAAGUUCAGCCCUGGAGGUGAAUUUGGGUUCAGUUUUGAUCUCGUUUAUUAACAUCCUGCAGAGAUUCAUUUCUCUGAGCUUUUCCACAUGUUCUCUGCUUACAACCACAAACCUCACCGGCUUUUGAUUGGAUUUUAUGAGAUUGACAACAAAAAAAUAUGCAUAAGAAAGAGAUUGAAAAAAAUGUGAA